AUGAUAAAGAAACACCCAGCGAUUGUUGACUCGCGUUAAUCACCUCCGUCUUAUCUCCCGAAGCAACCUGUGGUGUUAGCCAAAACACAGGGAUCACCGGGGGAAACACGCCGACGUCUGACUGGACCAUGAGGCAUGGACUCACACUUCUCUCCGCAAGGAUUGCGUUGGAAAAUGUUGCACAAGUACUGAGUCAUACCUGUGUACAGUUAUCAACUUUGGACUAAAUGCUAUUUUUAAACCAUCGCUCCCUACCAGUGGAAUUCAUGUGUGUGAGGUUUUACUGAGACAUACUUGGAACCUAUUAGAUCCCUCUGCCAUUAUCCUCAGGUUUUAACCUUUGAACCUGCACCAUCCAGGCGUGAUGUAGUCUCCUUUUAAUGAUUAUAAUAGUUUGUGUGAUCUUUUGUCUGUGCCUACAUGCCAAAUUCAGUAACGGCUUGUCAGGGACACGCAGUCAACACCCCAUACCUGCAGAGGGAGUGGUUUGGGAGUGGAGCAUUUACAUCAUGUAAGAAUACUGUUGUCUUCUGCUUAGACAGGUUGGAAAUAUUGCCCAAGAUCAACUUUUCCACGACUCCAAAUUACAGACAAGAAUGGCUUGAGAACAUUAUGUUGUGGAACAUGGAGUAAAGACUACCUUUUGAGAAGAACGCAACCUAUUCUGUAGGAACUACUUUCAAACCCCCAAAGAGAAUGGUGACUGAUUAUGAGCUGUAUUGCAAGUACACUCGGGUGUGGAUCCCUGACCCGGAGGAGGUGUGGAAGGCAGCAGAGAUCACCAGGGACUACAAGGAAGGAGAUCCCAUCUUGCACCUCAAACUUGAAGAUGAAUCGACUCUGGAGUACCACAUCGGGCCCAAACACAACGUCCUCCCGUUCCUCCGUAACCCCGACAUCCUGGUGGGAGAGAACGACCUCACGGCGCUCAGCUACCUGCACGAGCCGGCCGUCCUGCACAACCUCAAAGUCCGCUUCCUGGAGUCCAACCACAUCUACACAUACUGUGGGAUCGUGCUGGUGGCCAUCAACCCGUACGAGCAGCUGCAGAUCUAUGGGGAGGAGGUCAUCAACGCCUACAGCGGGCAGAACAUGGGCGACAUGGACCCUCACAUCUUCGCCGUGGCUGAGGAGGCCUACAAGCAGAUGGGCAGGGACGAGAGGAACCAGUCCAUCAUCGUGAGCGGGGAGUCGGGGGCGGGGAAGACCGUGUCCGCUAAGUACGCCAUGCGUUUCUUCGCCACGGUGGGAGGGUCGGCCAAUGACACUAACGUGGAGGAGAAAGUCCUGGCCUCCAGCCCCAUCAUGGAGGCGAUAGGAAAUGCAAAGACAACACGCAAUGACAACAGCAGUCGGUUUGGGAAGUACAUCCAGAUUGGUUUUGACAGGCGUUAUCACAUCAUAGGUGCCAACAUGCGCACCUACCUCCUGGAGAAGUCCAGGGUGGUCUUUCAGGCUGAGGAUGAGAGGAAUUACCACAUAUUCUACCAGCUCUGUGCCUCCGCUACCUUACCGGAGUUCAAAGACCUGGCCCUGACAAGUGCUGAGGACUUCACUUUCACCUCUCUCGGGGAGAACAUUUUCAUCGAGGGGGUCAACGACGCUAAAGACUUUGAGAAGACGAGAGAGGCCUUCACAUUGCUGGGGGUUAAGGAGAGCAGCCAGAGCAGCAUCUACCGGGUCAUGGCCUCCAUCCUCCACCUGGGCAAUGUGGAGAUCUCCUCCGAGAGAGACGGAGAAUCCUGCCACAUAUCAAGAGAAGACCCACACCUGGGUCACUUCUGCCGCCUGCUGGGGGUGGAGCUGGAGCAGAUGGAGCACUGGCUGUGCCACAGGAAGCUGGUCACCACCUCGGAGACCUACGUGAAGAACAUGUCCCGCAAGCAGGCCGGUAACGCCCGCAACGCCCUCGCCAAGCACAUCUACGCUCACAUGUUCGACUGGAUCGUGGAACACGUUAACCUGGCCCUGCAGACUUCCUUCAAGCAGCACUCCUUCAUCGGGGUGCUGGAUAUCUACGGAUUUGAGACUUUUGAGGUGAACAGCUUUGAGCAGUUCUGCAUCAACUAUGCCAACGAGAAACUGCAGCAACAGUUCAACCAGCACGUCUUCAAGCUGGAGCAGGAGGAGUACGUGAAGGAGCAGAUCCCCUGGACCCUCAUCGACUUCUACGACAACCAGCCCUGCAUCGACCUCAUCGAGGCCCGGCUGGGAGUGCUGGACCUGCUGGAUGAGGAGUGCAAGGUGCCCAAAGGAACAGAUCAGAACUGGGCCCAGAAGCUGUACAGCCAGCACUCCAGCAGUGUACACUUCCAGAAGCCACGCAUGUCCAACGUGUCUUUCGUCAUCAUUCACUUCGCUGAUAAGGUGGAGUACCAGUGUGAUGGGUUCCUGGAGAAGAACAGAGACACCGUCUACGAGGAGCAGAUCAACAUCCUGAAGGCCAGUAAGGUGAGGCUGAAUCAUCCAAACAUGACUGGGGAAUGGCUCAGUGUCAGCUCCCCCGUGGCUGACAGAGUAGAAUACAUCCAGAAGAUUCUAGAAUCAUGGCUCUCACUCUCUCCUGUCUGUCACUUUCAUUCUCUCUCUGUUGCCCUCUGCUGCCUUGUGGACACCAGUAGAGCGCAGGACUGGGGUUAUUUGAAUGAAGAUGGAGAGCUGGGCUUGGCCUACCAGGGUCUAAAACAAGUUGCCAGGCUGCUGGAAGCCCAGCUGCAGUCCCAGACCAGGCAGCACCGGGACGAGCUGGAGGCUCUGCACCAGGUGGAGCUACUGAAGGCCGACCUCCACAAGAGGCAGGAGAUGCUGAACCACACCCUGGCCCUGUCGCCCGAGGCCCAGGUGGAGUACAGCGUCCAGCAGGAGAUCACGCGCCUCACCAACGACAACCUGGAUCUGAAGGAGCUGGUGGAGAAGCUGGAGAAGAACGAGAGGAAGCUGAAGAAACAGUUGAGGAUUUACAUGAAGAAGGUCCAGGAACUGGAAGUGUCCCAGGCCGCCCAGCCCAGCAAGGCCAGGCCGGAGCUGACCCGACAGGUGACCGUCCAGCGCAGGGAGAAGGACUUCGAGGGCAUGCUGGAGUACUACAAGGAGGAUGAAGCUUUGCUGGUCAAAACCCUCAUCACAGACAUGAGGCCACACACAGUCUCGGCCACCGUCCCAUGCCUGCCCGCCUACAUCCUGUUCAUGUGCAUCCGCCACGCAGACUACAUCAACGACGACCAGAAGGUCCACUCUCUGCUCACCAGCUCUAUCAACGCCAUCAAGAAAGUCCUCAAGAAAAACAACGAAGAUUUUGAGAUGACCUCGUUCUGGCUGGCCAACACCAGCCGUCUGCUCCACUGUCUGAAGCAGUACAGUGGGGACGAGGCGUUCAUGACCCAGAACACGGGCAAGCAGAACGAGCACUGCCUGAAGAACUUCGACCUGGCAGAGUACCGGCAGGUGUUGAGCGAUCUCUCCAUCCAGAUCUACCAGCAGCUCAUCAAAGUGGCGGAGAAAGUCAUGCAGCCCAUGAUAGUGUCGGCCAUGUUGGAAAGCGAGAGCAUCCCGAGCCUGGCGGGGGUGAAGCCCAUGGGCUACCGGAACCGCUCGUCCAGCAUGGACUGUGACGCCGAUGGCCCGGGCAGCUACACUCUGGAGGCCCUGAUCCGGCAGCUGGGCCAGUUCUACGGCACCAUGGGCGAGCACGGCCUGGACCCUGAGAUCGCAGGACAGGUGCUACGCCAGCUGUUCUACUCCGUCAACGCCGUCACCCUCAACAACCUGCUGCUGAGGAAGGACGUGUGUUCCUGGAGUACCGGCAUGCAGCUCAGGUACAACAUCAGUCAGAUGGAGGAGUGGCUUCGGGGGAAGAACCUGCAGCAGUGUGGGGCCGUGGUUACCAUGGAGCCCAUCAUCCAGGCCGCCCAGCUGCUGCAGGUGAAGAAGAAGACGUCUCAGGACGCUGAGGCCAUCUGCUCCCUGUGCACCUCUCUGAGCAUGCAGCAGAUCGUGAAAAUCCUCAACCUCUACACGCCGCUCAACGAGUUUGAGGAGAGGGUCACCGUGGCCUUCAUCCGCAACAUUCAGAACCGCCUGCAGGAGAGGAACGACCACCCUCAGCUCCUGGUGGACACCAAGCACACCUUCCCAGUCCUGUUCCCCUACACCCCCUCCGCCCUCAGCCUGGAGACCCUGCACAUGCCUGCCUCCCUCAACCUGGACUUCCUGAAUCGAGUCUGAGGCUUCGGUUGGGCCCGUCUGAGGCCUGGUUGUUAACAGAGAGGAGGAGAGCCCUCAGCGCUGCCCUGCUGUUCACCUAAAACUGCAGAAAGCGCCAGAACUCAAGGACUUACUGGACGGUUGAGAGCUUUCUCUUCGCCCUACAGUGAAAGGCAUUCAGGUCCUAUUUGGUGUGAAUUGAGCACAGUUUCCUUAGAUGGGUAAACCCUUGCGCCUGGCCCAUGACGGGACACUGCUCCUGGGUCUUCCUCUUGGGGAGCCUUGUCAUAUAUCACCGUCUGUGUGAAGUACACAGGCACGUUCAUUUGAUGUACAGAGAGUGCCAACAUUUAGACUCUAAGCCUUUUUGUUUAUCGUUUUUUUUUAACCACUUCAUAAAACUCCAAAAAGGAUCUUUGUAAAUGGAUGCUCGUAUCCAUCCCCAGUUUGCCAAAAGCAUUUUAGGGUGUCUUCUACGUCCUCAGCCGUUGUGUUCAGUCUGGUUUUGCUCCUCCACAAGAUCAUGUUCUCCGUGCCUCCCUGACCUCAGAUCACCGGACGCCACAGAGGGAGGCAGCGCUGCAAUGCAGUGUCUCCGUCAGUGAGACACUGCACGCCCCUGUGUGCCCCCCGUGCACGCCCGCCGUGCACGCCCCUGUGUGUGCCCCCCCGUGCACGCCCCUGUGUGUGCCCCCCCGUGCACGCCCCUGUGUGCCCCCCGUGCACGCCCGCCGUGCACGCCCCUGUGUGUGCCCCCACAGCUGUCCCCUCUCCCCGGUGUUGUUAGAUCUCCUCCUCGGUCUCCCGAGGAGCUGGAACGCUCUGGAACGCUCUGGAACGCUCUGGAACGCUCUGGAACGCUCUGGAACGCUCUGGAACGCUCUGGAACGCUCUGGAACGCUCUGGAACGCUCUGGCGUUGAGGAGCACACGGCGUCUCUCCACGGCGCUCCCGAGACAGCCAGACCCUUUUCUUCUUCUUUCUCCUCCCCGUGUCUGACUCACCGUAGCAUCUCUGAAUACUGAGGACAGACAGUGCUAAUCUGCCGUUCUGUGAUGGACAGGGGGAAGUGUGUGUGUGUGUGUGUGGAGAGGAAGUGAUGCAGAGUAGAGAGAGAGAGAGAGAACCUGAUGAAGGGUGAAAGAGGGGGGUUUAACACGGUAAAGGUCCUUUCAGGUGAGUCCUGCAGGACACAGGAAGUGAAAGCGAGAGAUCAUUUGACGGUAGGUGUGACAAGGGAAAAAUUGAAAGUGACACGAAAGAGAAAGGAAAAACUAACCAGACAGCCGAUGAUGCCUGGGGAUGAGCGAGAGGGGCUGAUGACUUUAAAGCCUGGCAGCUUGAAUCGUCUGUGAUACAAUUGAGAUUGAGAUGCGUUUGACAGACUCCUGAGUGCCUGUGCUGUGUCUCUUGGGUUCAAUUCCCGGCACUGGUGCCCUGGUGAAGUGCAAAGACCUGAUGUAACAUCGAUGUGGAUGAAAGGUGGAACUGUCAUUCUUGAUAAUACCAGUGAGCAAGACUGCCACAAUAUACAAAUCUGGAAUAAAUAUAAUAAGUAUAAUAACUAGAUUAAAUAUCUCGUCGUCUCUUUGUUACUAAACUGUCGUGGAGGCUUCUUGUAAAACCAGAGAAUUGUCUCAUCUUUUAUUGUUAAGAAUGAAUCAACAUCAUUAUUUUACAGUCGCAAGCCAGUCUGGAAAUUGCCCUUCCACCUAAAAUGCCAAUACAAGGGUUAUGUAUUUAGUUGGAACUGUGUUUGGUUAUAUUUAGUUAAGAAAUAUGAUUAGUUUUUUUAUUUGCUGUUGUCUUUUCAAACCACAGUUGAGGUUGUAUUGUCACAACACGUGCAGAAACACAAUUUGAGCGCGACUCCUUACCGUGUCCUGGGAUGUGUACAGGACCAUACGCUUGCGUAACAGACAGGUUUGGGAGGUUUUCCUGUACGUGUGCCUUUGACUGCCCUCUGCUGUCUGUUUUAAAGAACUGUUGUGGAUUCUGCGACUGGAAGUUGUUAUUGCAGUCUCCUGCAGAAUGCUCCUUAAAUUCUGCAGGGGUACUAGUACAAACAAUGUGUACCAAUCACACACUCAGAGUUACGCUUCUGUAAAGGGGUGCGGCCGAAUGUGACACCUCACCCGUGACCUCAUCCGUGUGAUACGUUGUUAACAUUUUAUUUUGAAGGCUCAAUCUUGUCUGUUUCAGUCAGUGCACCAACUGUUGUUCAGGACCUGGCCUGAGCCUGUGCAUUUAAAGGUUUCUGUUCAUCAAAACUGAGAUGUUGACUCUAGUUGGGGACUUUGCUUUCCACCUUGACUUCAAAGUUUGGAUAAUCGUGUUCUACAGUAUACCAAUGUUUUCAAUUUGAAUUCAAUGUAAAGAAGUUUUCCUCUUCUCAAAUCUUGACAAACUAAAUACAAAACCUGUGUUGUUUUAUGUAUACAGUUACAUGAUUAUGAUUAUGUUCUGUAAUAUCAGUUUGGUGACAUGCACAGUAAAUGCUUGACAUAUUGCUGAAUGACACAUGUAGUAGAGAUAAUAAUGUGUUCAUACAUUUAAAGGAAUAUAUUUUACAUGAUAUAUUAAAAGACAAAAGAUGGUCAAAACCAAUAACAUGUUUUGUAAGACCAGGCUGGUUAUACUGUCUCUGAUACCAACUUUGGAAUUCAUAUAUUAACAUACCACUAUUUGCCACAGGGUGGAAAAGAAGAUGGUGUUCUUUUGAAAAAAAAAUUACCUUGCAUAUCUGUCUUUAAUAACGUUUAUCAAAAGUUUAAUGUUGGGGAGAAAAAAUAGAAAUUAUUUGAUACAAAUUUUAAGUCGGGCUAUGUAUAAAAUUACACUUCAGUGUAUCAUUCAAGUGUGAUUGAUACACACAUUUGGGGUUGUUUGUUUUGUGUGUGUGUGCGGCAGGCCAGCGUUUCCAUCCCUGUCACCCGGGUGAGGUUGUGACAGUCUGAAGACAGACCACAGUGACCAGGCUGGUGUGAUGUGGCAUUGCCUCAAUGCCACAGAAAGGGAACUAAGGGUUCUCUGUCAAUGGCCUUUGGUGGGUUUUAUUAAACACACUAUGUCAGUCAGUCAUGGAGGAAUAGUCACACAAACAGACUCCCGCCCCCCCCCCCCACCACACACACACAGACACACACACACAGACACACAGACACACACAGACACACACAGACACACACAGACACACACAGACACACACAGACACACACACACACACAGUCACACACACAGACACAGACACACACACACAGACACACACACACAGACACACACACACACAGACACACACACACACACACACACAGACACACAGACACACACACAGACACACA